AUGGGAUUAGCAUUGUUGUUUAUAGUGAUUUUUUUUCUCAAUUUUUUGUUCAUUAAUUUCCUUCUUUCUCCUUUUUUUCUUCUUCACGUAUUUUUUCAUUCAUUUUAUUUUAUUUCCUUCUUUUUUUUCAUUCGUCGUCCAUUAUUUUCUAUUUCGUCUCAUCUUUCGUUUCAUUCAAUCUCACAUUUCUUCGCCUUUUUUCGUCUUUUUUUCGUUCUUGUCUUCUGUUUCCUCUUUUCUUCUUCUUCCUCUUUAUUUGUCUUUUUUCAUUUUUUCUUUUUUUCGUCAUCUUUUCCCUCUUUACUUGUCUUUAUUCCACUUUUUCUUUUUCGUCUUCUUUUCUUCGUUUUUCGUCAUCUUUUCCCUCUUUACUUGUCUUUUUUCCACUUUUACUUUUUUUUUCCAUUCCUUUUUUCUUUUUUCGUCUUCUUUUUUCUUCGUUUUUUUUUUCGUCAUCUUUAUUUGUCUUUUUUCCUCUUUUUUUUUUUUUUUUCGUUUUUGUUUUUUUUUCCUUUUUCUUUUUUCUUUUCUUUCUUUUCCCUUUUUUCCCCUUUUUUUUUCCACAUAUUUUUUUUUUUUUCUUUUUUUUUUACUUUUCACUUUCUUUUCACUUUCUCUAUUUUCUUUUGA